UGAGGAACUCAGAUUUAAUAAAUAUGUAAAUGUACAGAACUUAAGAUGAAGUUUCUCACUAAGCUUUGUUUUUUGGAAACCCCAUACUUCACAGCCAUAUAAAAAUAUUGGCUGGACAAUUUUGUCAAACAUGUUUAAUUUACAGUCAAUUGCUAAAUUAUGCUUUCUAUAUUUUCCAUUACAACUAUACAUUGAUUUAAUAGCCUUUUCAUAUAGAUCAUUAAAAUUUAAAUUGAAUGAAUUGUUUUUACAAAAUGUAACACCUAUUAAAAUACUUAAAAUUGUUAGCUAUUUCCAAAUGAGAGCCUUCAAAAGUAAAUUGGCUACUGCUUUUACCUCUACCGAAUAUGACAACUUUGGUUUUUACUAUUGACCUUAAGAUGCCAGUUUUUGCAGUAUUCAGAAAAAGUAUUCAAAGGGUAUUGGAAUUCUUCAGGGUUUUCAGACAACAAGUUGGCAUCAUCAGCAUACAGUAGAACAAAAAGACUUAAAUAACGAUUAAGAUCUUUUCUAAUCUUGUUGGAGAGACAUGUUAAACCUCUAACAUUAUUUACAUAAAGAUAUAUUCUUCUAGGUCAUUUAAAUACAGUGAAAAUAAAAAAGGUGACAAAAUUUCCUUGUCUUACUCCAACAGUACAUUCAAAAAAGUCAGAACAUCUUCCAUUGGCCAGUAUUUUUGACUUAAUACCUUUAUACAUAUUUGUGAUAAUUUUAAAACAUUUUCCAUCAAUAUUAUUCAAUAUAACUUUGUGUUUUCUGUAAUUAAAUUUUAAAAUUCUUCAGAAAUAUUUUUUGUACAAGCUAACCACUCUGAGUUUAAUAUACCCGGUAAUCUUUUUUGGUACAAGUUAACUAUAUCUGGUCAAUCACUCACUUCCUGUCAGCCUUACUGACCAGUCUGGUCUCACUUUGUCAAUCGUCUUCAAUCUUGUUAGAUGCGUGCCUCGAGCCACUUCACCAACACAUCUUAAUCCACACAAGCACAACAGCAGUUUGCAAAGCUGGUAAUGUUCCCCAUGAAUUGAUUGUUGCUGUUGAGGGAGUGUAUACUAUAAAAAGAAUGAGUAAAAAGAAACGCAAAAAGAUACUUUUGCAAGUAUUUUUUGUCUUCACAAUAUUUUUGUUUUAUCAAUUGAUAAUGCAAAUUGUUACAAAAAUAGACAAACACGGGCAAGAUGUAAAGGAAGAGGAGAUAUGGAAAUUUUCAAGACAUGAACCGAAUGGUACCCUUGUGUUCGAUGCUGUGGAGCGACCAAAAUUCUGCAAUGGAUGUUUCAAGUUUGGUUACCAUAUGCUGAAAGAAGAACCUGCCACGUGUCAAAAUCAAGAAAAUAUUCAUCUAGUGUUCUUGAUAUCAACAACGCCAUUAUCUCUCAAAAAGCGUAUGAUCAUCAGGGACACAUGGGCUAGCUAUUCAAAGAAAAACACUGCCAACAUUCGCUAUGCAUUCCUUUUGGGUGAUAUUGCAGAAGAAGGGAUACAGGAAAUGAUAAACACUGAGGACAAAUUUUACAGGGAUAUUUUGCAAGGAGAUUUUCCUGAAAACUACUACACAUUAACCAUUAAGACUCUCAUGGGUUAUCAUUGGGCUGCGAAACAUUGUCCGAACAAUACGUUCAUCAUCAAAACUGACGACGAUGUCUUCAUCAACAUACCUGCAGUUUUAGACAUGAUCAAGAAACAUGAGAAUGUCUUACAGAGUUCCAUUGGAGGAUUUUGCAAAAAAGAUAUUGAACCUGUGAGAGACAUAAAAUCAAAGUACUAUGUCUCGCAUGUAGAGUACCCACGAAAAAGGUUUCCCGGUUAUUGUUCGGGGACAGGAUAUGUGACCAGCAUUAACGUUGUAAAACGAGUUAUAGAGGUCUCUAGGAAUAUUCCUUUUUUUCACUUAGAGGAUGUUUAUAUUGCAUUUUGUUUAGAUCAUUUGAAUUUCACUUUGCAGAAUAUUGAAGGUUUUAACACUGUUUAUGAUGAAGUCGAACAUGCAGAUUUAUGUGAGCUGAAAAGCAAUUCUGUUCUGGUUGUGCAUAAUUUCAAGAAACGGCCUUCUUUUUUAAAAGAAAUAUGGAAUAAACACUGUGACAUUUAAUCAUAUGACAAUUUUGAGCUGGAUGCUAAAUUAUGAACAUUUUAAACAGCAUUAUGUGACAUUAAAAGGAGUCCCAUUAUAUAUUUAUUUAUAAGCAUUUACUCUUGAUUAUGCCUUCUCUUGAAAUAUUUUUCAUAUUUAAAAUUUACGGUAUUUUAUGUAUUUCAUAAUUUAUGCCAACACUUGAAUGUUUGUUUUAUAUUAUUUGAAUGUGAUAUUCUAAUUUUAUUAUAUAUACAUUUAAUGUACAGGAGUAUCUAUAAUCCAUUUAAUAGAAAUCCAAAGAAAUUGCAGAAAAAUGUACAGUACCCUAAUGAAUACCAAUGUUGCUUAUACUAGCUUAUCAUAUACAAACACCAGUAGCAUAUGUUUUCAUUACAUGCUCUAUUUGAAUUUUUAAAAAAAAGUUUCUUUUUUAAUAGAAUAAAAUUAAUGAAUAUAAUGAAACCAAAGAAAGUUCGUUCAAAAUUAUUUUAAACAUUAGGUAAUUUUCUUGGUGAUUUAAGUAAGCAAGUUUUUGAGGUAACUGCUACUAAAGAAUAUUAAAGAUAUGAAUGAUGUAAAUCUAAACAGGUAUUUUUGUAGAUAUUUAAUGUUUAUUCACCAUUAUCAUGAUUAUAUUAAACAUAUACAUGUACAUGUAUUAAUCAUAGAAAACUGAGAUUGUAAAUCUCAUAAUGAUGAAUGCUAGCUAUGAUGUGGAAAAAAUUGAAUUUCUAAUAGUUACCACACUCUACUUGUACAUUAUGUACAAACAUAAAGAAAAUGUGAUUUAAAAAAGCAUUAGUAAUCUCUAUGUCAAAUGUUAUAUGAAAUGAUGUAUUUAUUUUUAUGCAACAUUAGAAAUUAUACUUUAAGUUAAGAUAGUAUCAUGAAUAUUAUUAUAUGUUUCAACAGCAUUGUAUACAAAAUAUUUUAAUACAAAAUACAAUCAACAUGCGAGACACGCAAAAUGUGAAGCCAGAUUUAUUUUUCCUUUUUUAAUUUUGAAUUUGUUUUGCUUUUUUAAUUCGUCUCAGGAAUAUAAAACAAUUAACUUCUAGGAUGACAAGGCAACCUUGAUUCUAAAAAUUAGACAGGGUGUUAUAUGUUCAGCAUCACAUUUAUAUUAAACAUUAUCGAAAUGUGUGUAUGAAUGAAACUUGAUUUAAAACUCUUGUUUUUACUAAAGACAUAUAACAGAAUAGGGGCCAUGGUAUUAAAAAGGGUUACUGAAUCAUAUUGUCUGUUAAAGUUGUCUAAUACAAUGAAUAUGAUUGUCUGCUUUGUCUACUUUUCUGAACAGGCUGCUGUUAUUCUUUGAUUUAAUAUUUUUGACAUUUUUGAUAACAAUUGUCUUGCGAAUGUAUUUACAGUCUUGUUAACAGUAAACCAACAUUUAUUCGCAUGCUUGAUUUUUUCACGAGAUUCGCAAAAGCCACUUCGUUGCGAAUAUUACUCACCACGAACCAAUCCUCGCAUCUCUGGUUAUUUUCAAAAUUAUAUUCUACACCUUAAUCGCAAAUUUUAUUUGCGGCGAAACAGUAAAUCUGUGGUAAAUUGCGAAAAAGAGUCGUCGCAAAUAGAACUUGGUUUACAGGAUAUGUCCUAUAUGUCUUGAUUUACCUAUGUACACAGUUUUAAUCAUGUAAGUUAACAUAUCAUUCCAAUAAAUAUUUUUUUGAAUCAUG